CACACAUAGAUUUUGUUUUUUACAUUUGCAUUAAAUUAAGUUUUCAAGUUUUCCAUUUUAUUUGAUAUAAAAAAGCAAGUUAAAGGAGUGUAAUUUAAGACAUGAGCAUGCACGAUGAAAAACGGCGACAAGCAACCCAAUCUGAAGACGAUGACAUGGAAUUGAUACCUAGACCACAGCCACCACAGAGAUCUCAACAGAGGCUGAAUUCGUCGUCUGUGAAUUCGCGUACGAGUUCAACGGAGGAAACCGAACCAGACUCCAGGUAUGAGUGUGCCAUAUGCAUGAACUGGUUGAAUGAACCUGUGCUGACCAAAUGCGGCCAUUUGUUUUGUAAAUCUUGCCUCAACUCAUGGCUGCGCAACAAAAGUCAAUGGUGUCCCAUGGACAAUAAGAAAAUUACCGAGAACGAUAUAUUCCCGGACAACUUCACCAAACGCGAAAUCGAACAGAUACAAUUGAAGUGUCCCAAUACAAAAUUGGGUUGCGAUUACAUAGCUUCGCCGCUGGAAAUGGAACGACAUAAGCACAAUUGUCCUUAUCGCAGCGAUGAGGAGCCCACAGAGGAAAAGUGCCCAUUUGCCAGUAUCAAAUGUGAAUUUGUGGGUCGACCCGAAACAAAUGCCUUGGAAAUGCAUCUAAAAGAGGAUAUGCCACAUCAUUUACAGCUCAUGCUUAGAUCGUUGCAGAACACGGCCAUAUCAACUUGGAAUCCUCAAAAGCCACAAAAGUCAGCUGCUCAAACAAAUGGUCAUAGUGGUCUGCCGCCGCCACCCCAAUACGCCAAUGGAGCUGAGGAGCAAUUGAUACAGGCCAUGUACCAACGCAUAGUGGUCUUGGAACAGAGGGCCUGCGAACAAGAUGUCAAAAUAGAGAAUCUAACAAAGCAAAUAUCCUCGCUGAGAACGCAAGUGGAUCCGCGUUACAGUUGUGGCACCAUUCUCUGGGAGAUACAAAAUUUCCACAAACUCGUGGAACAUUUGCGUUCCAACACCUCCAAUUUGGUGUAUUCCCGUGAAUGUUAUACCUCGCCGUAUGGCUAUAAGUUUUGCGCACGUCUCAAUAUACAGCCCAAAAAUCUGCAAAUGCUCAGUUUGCAUGUCCACCUUAUGCAGUCAGAGAAUGAUGGCCACUUGGAGUGGCCUUUCAUAGGACGUAUUAAACUGUGUAUGGUGCAUCGCGAUAUGAAACUUUCGCAGCACGAUACCAUAAUGACCAAACCGGAGAUUUUGGCCUUUCAUCAGCCCAGGGAACGCAUAAGCACUCGAGGUUUUGGCUUUGUGGAAUAUGCCAAUAUUGCCGACAUCAUAAAGAGGGGAUAUUGUGAAAACGAUCGUUUGGUUAUAAAAAUACAAAUAAAUAUGGUGUAAGUUACACAUACUCAUAAAGACAUGUAA